CACCACGGACGCGAAUUCGUCGGAAGAUAAAAAUUUUCUUUCGUUUAUUCUCCAUGUGUUUGUUCCAUGUGUUUUAAGAAUAAAAAGAAAAGGGAGAAAAAUGAAAAAAAAAGAAAUUAAUUGAGAGCUAAGAAAAAGGUUGGAAAAAAGGUGAAAGAAAGGAAAGAACAACGAGAACGAAGGAACGAGUGAAAGGAAUCUUAUUUUCUUUUUCACGAACUUUCGAAAUAUAUUCAAUAGUACGGAGCGGUUUCGUGCAAGCUUUCUUCCCGAAGCAAAAGAAUUAACGUUGUUUUAGACGUCGCGACGCGAUGGCGUCGUUCGCGAACUUCGCGUCGUAAACUUUGGAACGAUCGAAAAUUUUCCAAGAAUAUUCUAUACUCCACCACUCGAGCGUCCUUUCCUCAUUUUAUCCGCGUAAUUUUCUCAUCGAGAUCGUAAGGGGAGUGGCGGGAUGGAAGGUUUUCUAGUGUAAAACUCGUUGUUUCCGUUAUCGCCAAUGGAAACGGAAGGAAAUCGUAAUAAAGAAAAAAAUAAUAGACCGUGUUAGAAAUUUUCGAAUUUUCACCAAAGUACUUUAUCGGAGAAUCGAACGUUGUGUAGAAAAGGAGAGAAAGACAAUCUUAUUUCAACGCCGAGGGAAAGAAAGAAAGAAAGAAAGAAAGGAAGGAAGGAAAGAAGGAAGAAAGAGAAAGAGAAAAAAAAGAUAAAUAAAUAGACAUUCACGGGUUGGAUUUCUAAGAAAGUCCUUUUCGAAGCUCGUAAAUGGAGCGUAAAUUCGAAGGAUGAAGUUAUUCGUUGAUCGUUCGGGAAGAUAUCGCUAGUAGGAAGUUUGAGUGUGAGAGAGAUAAAGAGAUAGAGAGAAAGAGAGAGAGAGAGAGAAAGAGAGAGAGGGAGAAAAUACAUAUACAUAUACAUAUAUAGAGAUAGUGGACGCGUUUAUACGUAUUUUAGUUCGAAAAUAGAGUAGGCGGUCGAGUGGUGUUCCUCUUCCCCGCGUACGGAGCAACGCGUACGUGCGUUCACCCUUGUUUGCACCGUCGCCAAGAAUAUCGUUGAGAGAGAGAGCAACAUCGUCGAAACUAACGUCGUCUUCGAAGCACGAGGACGCACAAACGUUUUCAACUUUUGAAAGAACGUAAGCGACGAAGUCUCUUGUGACUUUCUUCUUACAACGGCAACGUCAAAGUCAUGACACCGAGUGUGAUUUUCAUUUGAUUUUUCGUUCACGUUAUCAUGACUCUUUCUAUGAAAUUGAUAUAAAAAUAAAAAAAGAAAACAAAAGGAAAAAAGAAGAAGUAAAAAGUGACGAGAAAACAAAUUCUUUUUAAAAGAAUAAAAAAGUUAAAAUAAAAUAUAUGUAUAAACGUAUAAUAAACUUUGUUGAUCGUUUAAUAAAAUAGAUAUAUAACGAUGAUAAAUAUGAAGAAGGUGUUUCGAUUUCAUCGUAAUAAAUUUUGCGAUUGGAAUUUUGGAUUAAUAAGAAGAUCGAAAUGAAAUGUAAAUGAAGAAAUGAAUUAUGAGAAAUGGUAUAAAUCAUCUUUAUCAACAUUUUCAUCAUCCAGAGCUUAGCGAGUUCGUCUGAGUUUCAAUUCAAUAGGGGAGAAAGACGGUAUUAGAGAGACUUCCGGUGUUCCGGAAACGAAAAGAUUCUAGAUUCUAAAAAUAAAGACACUUUUGUUUCGUUCGUCAACCGUUCGUUGAAGUUAUCGUGUUAACGUUGAUACGAAGUGAGUUGUGACUUAAUUUGAUUUUAUCAUCAACUUAACGUGGAUUACCUGACGUUGAUAAAAUACGAUUAAUCUAAAAUAAUUUAAUAUAAUUACAUAAAUUCUUAUCGUUGAUUUUUAAUAAAAACUAUCAACAUUAUUUUUUAUUUUAUUUUCAUUCUCAUGUAUUAUUAGACAUUAGUAUUGGAAAUAAAAUUUGCAAAAAAAAUUAUUAAAUUUAGAAUAUAUAUAUAUAUGAUUUUUAAUAAAAAAUGAAUAAAAAAAGUUCGAUAUGAUGAAAAUUAACAAUCGAUUUAAGAUCGAUUAAUUUCGAUCAGUAUCGUGGUUUCAAUGUAUACGUUAUAAUCGGUGAACGAAUUAAAAGACAAAUUGUUAAAACAAAUGUCGAAGAUGCUUCGUUUGGAGUUACUUGGUGUCGUGCUUCUCGCUUGCACUCAGAUUCUCACGGAACAUCGUGAUUCACGUGAAACUCGUGCCCCUUACAUCAAUUAUCCAAGGUAUCAUCAAGAAAGCGUGGAACCCGUGACGAAAGAUGUUAAAGUAAAACAUGGUCGAUUACGUGGAACCGUAGUCAAGCCGAGAACCAAUCACGAUCUUCAGUUAGUCGACGUUUUCCUCGGAGUCCCAUACGCCGAGCCUCCAGUCGGCUCGCUCAGGUUCACGCCACCGAGAUCACCGCAACCCUGGAGAGGAGUACGACAGUCCCUGGAAUUUGCUCCGGUUUGCCCGCAAGUACUACCGAAUCUUCGUGACGAGGUGAAACCAGCACGCUACGAGUAUCUCGAGAGGCACUUGCAGUAUCUCAAGAACCAGAGCGAGGAUUGUCUCUAUCUCAACAUCUAUGCUCCCCAUCAACCAGAGGGUCAGAGGAAUUUAAAGAAGUAUCCGGUGAUGGUGUUUAUACAUGGUGAAAGUUACGAAUGGAACAGUGGUAAUCCAUACGAUGGCACCGUUCUAACGGCUUACGGAAAUGUCGUUUUCGUCACCAUAAAUUUUCGCCUCGGUAUUUUAGGUUUCCUAAGACCAGGUACUAGGGACGACGCAGCGAGUAAUUUUGGAUUACUGGAUCAAAUAGCAGCGCUUUUAUGGCUCCGAGAAAAUAUUGCCGCCUUUGGUGGAGAUCCCAACAGUGUAACUUUAGUUGGUCACGGUACAGGUGCAAUUUUUGCUAACUUACUUCUCAUCAGCCCGGUUGCAAACAACAAAGGUCUGUUCAAGCGAGCCAUUCUGAUGUCCGGCUCGGCGUUGAGCGCUGACGCCAUUGGCAAGGCGCCGCUGCAAAUUACCAAGCAGGUGGCGCACGCUUUGAAUUGUCCAACGACGACCGACAGCGAUUUGGCGCUUUGUCUGCGCUUUCAAGAUGUCGAAGCUCUUUUAAACGUGAAGAUUCACAAGCCGAAAUACGUGCCGGCGUUUGCACCUCUUGUCGACAGGGCAGUUAUACCGGAUAAACCUAUUAAUCUCAUGGAAAAUACACAACUUUUUGGCAGAUUCGACUUGAUGUACGGCGUUACUGAGUCAGAAAAAUUUCACAUUUUACCACCCAUUGCCUUGCUACAUGGUUUGUUAGAUAAUCAACGCGAUGAAAUUCUUCGAGAUCAUGCUAAGGCUACGCACGAGCUUGAGCCAGAACUCGUCUUAUCAAAAAUUCUCGAACACUAUGGAGACUUUUACGGUGAAUUUACAGACGACUAUGCGACGAAGAAUAGGGACAUGGUCCUGGAAGCACUCUCUGACAGCGGUACAGUCGCACCGUUGAUAAUGACCGCCAAUUUACAUUCUAGGGCGAACCCGAAUAGUUACAUGUACGUCUUCUCCCAUCCGAAGGCUAUGCAAGAUUACUCCGGCCAACAACGACAACAGACGAUACACGGCGAAGAGCUGUCCUAUGUGCUCGGCGUUCCACUCGACGAGAGCAAGUACGACUUGCGUACUCGAUACAACAUCGGCGAGACAUUGUUUUCCGAGGCCAUGAUGAAUUGGUGGUGCAGUUUCGCGUAUAUCGGAAACCCGAACGCAGCCAAGAGAUAUCCAUAUUUGACCGACGGAUUAAAAGAAUGGGGACAGUACGAGCUUGACUGGUUGGAAUACAACCCGAGAAAUCAAACUUAUUUUAAUUUAACUAUACCACCAAAGCUCGGCUCUCACUAUCGUUCCGCUGAGAUGCAAUUCUGGAAUGAGGACCUUCCUAACAUGCUGAGGCAUCCCAACAAAGACAUUCCGAUGUUUAGUCGACCAAAGGGUCCACGACCUACGAUCCUCGACUUCGCUGAUGUGAUUGGUAAAUACGCGAAUGGCAGCUCCGACAAGAACUACGACAUCCACAAUGCCUGGUUUACAACGAAGACUCCAUCGAGUAUUACUGAAAGUAAUUUGGAAGAGAAACAGUUGAUACCUUUCUUCAUAACAACGAAUCAGCCGAAUCUUGAAAGUACCACGUCUGAAUCGAGUUCUUUAAAAAGUUCCUCGGUGAUAACGAUGAUGAUUGGUUUUGGCAUGGUAUUCCUCCUGAUCAACUUAUCCGCUUUCCUUUAUCUCUACCGGAAGCGUCAAGCAACGAAAAAGAAUGAAAAGCCUCUUAAAAGACGUCUCAGUCAGAAGGACGAAACGUCCAAGAGGCCCAAGACAGAGAAACAAGAAAACCAUUAUGGCGACCUCGGUUAUAAGAGCGAUAGUAAGCCGGAUUUGAACGAGGUGAUAAAAAGUGACAAGGCUUACGACAACAAUUCGAACUUCGGUAGGAGGUCAAAACUUUCUCGAGAAAAUUCCAGUUCUACCAUUGACACCCAUAUUAAAGUUAGAGAGUGGAUACAGCAGGAAAUUGUACACAGGUGUUCGCCGAGAUUUCUGCGAAAAACUAGAGAAACAUUGGCGAAAGAGCAUCAGGCGAAAUUAACGAAACAAGAGGAAGAAGAAAAAUGGCGAUUAGAAGAGGAAGCAUUGAAAGGUAAGAAGGAAGAACCUAUAUACGACGAGAGUCCAACGAUCGUGGUAAGACCUGGUAAAAAGUCAAAAGUACCAAAGGUGUCGGUGGCUAUUGAUGCGACCCCAGCAACGAGGACCGAAUCCGUUUUGAAUCAAGUACCAAUCGAAUUGUCGAGAAAGGAGGAGACGUUCGUCGAGAAGAUCGAACAAUCCUUCGACUAUCCUUUAUCAGAUAGCAGCCAAUUCCAGAUGACACCUCAAGUCGUUGUGAUAGAACAUCAUCAUUCGAGAAGUGAUCCACUACCAAUGGAGAACGUCUUGAGAAGCAUGAAACCGAAUUUCUCGACUCCGCGAAUCUAUGAAUCCGAUUCCGGUAGUACGAGCAGUCUCUACGCGAAGAUCAAUCCAAAGUCGAAAGUUCGACUUCCACGGGGGAAUCUUGAAAGGAGCGACGAGACCGUCGAGAUUGAGGCCUCCAAGAAUGCCGAGGAUCAAACGACACCAUUGGAGGAAGUCUAUGUGAAAUCGACGAAAUUGACAACUUUUAGCGGGGGUAGUACGCCAAGCGAUGUGAAUGUCACGUGCAGAGAACCAACGGUCGAAAGAGAAUGCAUUAGUCCAGAGGAAGCUCUUAGAACGAUAAAACGACGAAAUUACCCUAAGGUUCUACCAGACAUCGAGAAAAGACGUUCUCUUCCAGUACCAACUACCUUGUUCCUCCCGAAACAACAUGGGAACUCUUUAAGGGGAUACAAGGGUACUUUACCUAGUCCUGUAUCAGGACAACCUCCGUUACCACCGCCGAGAAUGUUCGGCACAUCGAAGAGCUUGGAAUUCGCCGAAGAGAAGGAAAACCAUUGCGAGGAGGAAGCUGUUACCAGUGAUCUUCACAUUGGACCAUUAACUAAACGACAAGAUUCUUCUGCCAGGAACAACUCCGAUCCUAGCAUCAUCGAUUCCAUAGAAGGAAACAUGAUCAAUAGCGUUCAUUCCGCCGGUGGUAGCGUUGAUACCAUUUACACGAACCCAAGGUGUCCGGUACACGGUGGAUCCUACACAUUUUCACCAAACUCUCAGAUACUCGACAAAGAUAUCGGAGAUCCUAGAAGAGACUUGAUCGAGGCAGGAAUGGGGAACCCUAAUUGGUACAAGCCUGUAUCGAAGGAAGGUAAGGUAGUGCCGGUAAUGUCAUUGGCAUCCUCGGAACCGCGGAUCGUGAUCGCUCCUAGGGAGCCAGAGAGGCAGCAGCGAUUGCUCGGUGGUAACGCAAAUUGGGAUAGGACAGGCGAGCCAAAGAUCGUGAUCACUCCGAGAGUGGUUAAUCUUCUAGGACAGGGUAAUCAAGAUCUCUGCCAGACUAUAGCCAAUGUAGGAGAUGCUUGCUCCGUUGAAACCGUGAUACCUCCUUCGAAAGCUCAUACCAUCGAUUUAGGCUCAUCGGAACGGUUAGAGCUCGAAUCUAACUGUAGUAGCAAUUUAACUAGCUCGAAGGAGGAAAGAAAGGAACCGCGUAUCAUAAUAACUGCUGGCGAUUCAAAGAAUACCGCUAUGACGAAUCCAAAACAACCAAAAAUUAUUAUAAAACCUACGACUAGCUUUCAGAAGAGCAGAGAUCAAAGGAACGUACCGAAAAUCUCGGCCAUACCAUUGGUGGAACGACAAAAUAGUCAGAACGUCGAAAGGGAUAAGAUCCUAGAACGUAAAGAGAACAGGCCUACUGUCGACAGACCUCCCUUAAGAGAAAAGCCGAAAAUAACGAGAAUACCGUCUUUCUCAAGACGAAAAGAGGACUUACCUACCGGUAUCGAUAAAUCGUUAACUCAGACGCAUACAGAGAAGACGGAGAUCGUGCAAAGAGUCGAAGCAGUACCUGGUAAAAUCGCGAACGUGACUUAUGCACAUGACGGUAAAUCUUCUAUUCCUACCCUUCAGAAAAAGGACAGCGAAAAGUCUUCUAUAACUGGAGAAGAUUCCAAUGGGAUUCCAACCGGUACAGUCAGAAGGAAACCUUCGUAUAAGAAAUAAUACAAGACGUUCGUCAACUAGUUCUACCAGUUUGCUUGUCUUGAUACCUUUUUUUUUGUUUUUUGCAACAUCAAAGGGAGUACUAAAAGGGGACGAAAUCGUAACUGGUAGGUAAUCGAGUAAAGACAAGAUAACAGACUAUACCAGUAGAUAGAAAAUAAUGAUAAAUUAAAAUAAUCAAAUAACGUUGAUAUAAUUAAUAUACAGAAUGCAUAAGCUAAGCGAAUAGAGAUAAGGCGAUGGGAGUAAUGUAACUAACAAUUAUGUAGAUUUAACAAGUGGAAGCAUCGAGAUAGGGAAAAAGUAUUGUCCGAUUUAACGUAGCAUUUAACUUUUGGAUUGCCGACAAUAUUUUUCCUUUAAGUCGAUAUCUUAAUCUUAAUGACGCAAGAACAAGAAUACAUCGAAUUUUACAGGCCGAUUUACAUCUUCGCAGACUGAUUCUUGCACUUACCCACGAACUAUUCUCUCAGAGAAUUCAACAAAGACUUUUAGUUCCAGUAAAUCGAAUGUCGAAGCUGUGUUGGUACGUUCUCUUUCGUCUCGUAACUUUCAACGAUUCCAAAGAGGAAAACUGAUCUAUCGAUAUCAUUCUCUGAAACCUAAAGCCGAUGUUGAAGUAUUCCAUAGAAAGAGAGUUGGCGAAAAGAUUCGGUCCAGUGCAUGCUAAAGUAAUGAAACCAUCUUUCUAUUCGAGCGGACUUUCAGAUUCGACGGGCCGAAGGAAGAGAUUGAAAAGUCCUUCACGAAAGAGAUCGCUUCUGAUUUUGAACGAUGCAACGACGAAUUUUAUUCUAGAAAAGAAGAAGUUAGAAACGUGGGAAACUUAUAUUUUUGUGAUCGGUGAUAGUGUAAGUCUGUUGCAAUUACGUUAAUGUAAGACAUGUUGUCUGUAAAAACUGUCUCCGAGAGAUUAAAACUAUUUGCGUGAGUUCGAUUUUGUGAAUAACAAUCGUAAAAAAAGUGUUUAGUUUUUUAAAUGACAAAAUAUACUUACACGAUUUUUAACGAUAUCUGAUAAGUUCCAACAGAUUUCUAAUAUUAUACUUUACAAUUAUUUUUUCGUACAACUGUGAAAAAUUUUUAAUCACUGAUGGAUUAUCGUUCAUUGAUUUGAAAUUGUAUACUUUUUGAACAAAAAUAUGUAUGUAUCAGUGAAAAGAUUUUGAUAGAACAUUGUUAUAUAUCGUAUCGAUAAAUUAACUAUAAUCUUUUAACAAAUGUACAAUACAGUUAAGAUAUAUUACGACCACUUUGUCUCAAUUAUUGUUUCGUUA